AUGGGUAUCCGAAUGGUCCUCUGCGACGUUGACUGCGGCUCCCAGACUCCAGGCAUGGUGAAAAAGCUCCUUCGCUGGCGAGACGAAAACCGUGAGGAAGCGGAUAUUUUAUGGGCUAAUCUGCAACUAAACAACGAGAAGAUACUGUUUGAACUGAGGAAACUGCUUCACAGUCCGGGAGCAGAUUUCAACGAGCUGCGCAAUCUGCUGCUCAAGUCGAGGAUGUGGAUUAAAACAAUGACAAAGAAGAGCGAAGUCCCCGUUGAGCCAAUGGUACAGACAGAGCUAUUGGAUUCACUUGGUAAACUGGAUGGUGUUAUUGGCGGUGUUGUUCCCGGUGCGGGGGGUUACGAUGCUAUUGCCCUGCUCAUGAUAGAUGACCCAGGUGUCUACAAUGAGGUCCGCGCACACCUGAAUGACUGGCAAAGCACCGUCGAGGAUGACUUUGGCGGUAAGAUCGAAAGAGUCCGCCUUCUUGGGGUCGGCUACGGCUCUGAAGGCAUCCUGAACGAGCUGCCGGUCCGGUACAGUGGCUGGAUAUAA